AUGACUUCUCAAGAGAAGACAGAAGAGCAUCCUUUUGUGGAUAUAUUUAAUGAAGAUGAAGCUGACAAAAACUUUAUGUUGUCUAAACCUGUUUGCUUUGUUGUAUUUGGGAAACCAGGGGUUGGUAAGACAACAUUAGCCCAACAGAUAACACAGGCAUGGAAGUGUAUUCGUGUAGAAGCUUUACCAAUUUUGGAAGAACAGAUUGCCAGUGACACUGAAUCAGGAGCUAUGUUGCAGUCGAUGCUGAUCAGUGGCCAAAGCAUUCCAGAUGAACUUGUCACAAAGCUAAUGUUGGAGAAGCUCAACUCCCCAGAAGUCUCUCACUUUGGCUAUAUUAUCACUGAAAUACCAUCACUUUCACAGGAUGCCAUGACUAUUUUCCAGCAAAUAGAAUUAAUUAGAAAUUUAAAUUUGAAACCUGAUAUUAUAAUCAAUAUUAAGUGUCCUGACUAUGAUUUAUGCCAAAGAAUUUCGGGGCAAAGGCAGCACAAUAGUACAGGAUACAUAUUCACAAGAGAUCAGUGGGAUCCUGAAGUCAUUGAGAGUCGCAGGAAAAAGAAGAAAGAAGCCCAAAAGGAAGGAAAAGGAGAGGAAAGGGAAGAGCAAGAAGAAGAGGCAUUUGUUGCUGAAAUGCAGGUGGUGGCUGAAAUUCUUCAACAUCUAGUUCAGAGGCCUGAGGAUUAUUUGGAAAAUAUCGAACACAUUGUUAAACUUUAUAAGGAAAUAAUUCUUCACCCUUUAGAAGAAGUAAUGGCUGAACACGAUUCCCAGUAUCUCAUUGAGCUAGACGGAAAUAAGCCCCCAGAGGAGCUCUUCACGGUAAUUAUGGAUCGACUUAAAUAUCUGAACCUAAAAAGAGCAGCUGUUUUAACCAAACUUCAGAGUGCAGAGGAAGAAAUUAAUGACACAAUGGAAAAUGAUGAGCUGUUCCGUACUCUUGCAGCUUGUAAACUUAUUGCACCAAGAUACAGAUGGCAGAGAAGCAGAUGGGGACAUACAUGUCCGGUGACUUUAAAAGAAGGUAACAUUUUUCAAGGAUUGCCAGAUUUUUCUGUGAGUUUUCUAGGUAAAAUAUACUGUCUCUCAUCAGAAGAAGCAUUAAAAACAUUUUUAUUGAACCCACGUCCCUAUCUUCUUCCACCUAUGCCAGCACCACCAUUUAAAGUGUUCAUAUUUGGACCUCAGUCUUCAGGAAAAACAACACUUAGCAAUUUGCUUGCAAAACAUUACAAAGGAAAGGUAGUUGACUACAAUAAACUUGUCCAACCACGUUUUGAUAAAGCCCUUGAAACACUAACCAGAAAUACUAUAGCUGAGGCCACUGGAGCAGCCAUUAAAGCUGUAAAAGAGCGGCUUCUCUCAGAACUACAAGCUAAAAAACAAGAUGUAAUAGAAUAUGUGAUAGAGGAGGUAACUGCAGAUCAUCCAGAAGUUCUUUCCAUAAUAAAGGAGACGGUAAAAAUGGCAAAGGACAUGAACUUUGAACAGCCACAUGAAAAAAUUGCUGAAAUCUUAGACGAAGUUCUCCAAGAGGUAGUUGAAGAAAACAAGAAUAGGUUUUAUGGUGCCCCAAAAUAUGGAGGAUGGAUACUGGACAACUACCCUAUUAUGAAAGAACUGUGGAUGGUCUUAGUCAACAAAGGAAUUCUACCCGAUUUAGUCAUCUGUUUAUCAGACACAGAAAACAAUGGAAAAUAUUUAUUUAAUAGACUGUAUUUAGAGAAUAAACAAGAAAUUGACUCUAAGAUUUUAGAAAGGUUAUUGGAUGAACUACUAAAGAAAAGAAAAGAGGAAGAAGCAACAAGAAAAGCCAAAGAAGAGACAUUAAGAAUAGAAGAAGAAAAUCAAAAGCUAUUGGAAGCUAUGAAUGCGAAAGCAAAAGAAGCAGAAGAAACUGAAGCUGAGGCUGACGAGGAGAUUGAAGGUGAGGAGUCUGAACUUCACGAAGGGUCUGAGGCCCCUGAGGUAGCCGAGGAGACCAGGGCGUCCUUACCUGAGGAGGCUGAAGUUUUCGAAGUCCCUGAAACAGAACAUGAAUCAGUGUCUGAGCCCACUGAGGACACUACAGUUGGAACAGAAAUUCCAAAAGGAUCCAAAGAGGGACUAGAAACUAAAUUAUCUGAAACAGUUGUACUACCUGAGUUUCCAGAAGACGCUUAUCCUGAUGUUCCUGAAAUGGAGCCAAUUAAAGAGAGUGUCAAAUCUUUCUACUCCUCCUGGAGGCAGAUGGAAACAACAAUCAGUGACUCUUUUACUCAAGUUUUAAACUUGGAGAUUGCUGGCAAAACUCCAGAGGAACUACUUCAAAAAGUCGUUGAGACCAUGGAAAAACCUUUCCACUAUGCUGGCUGGGAGUUAACUGUGGAUGAUUAUGAUGAAGAAACAGAAGACCAUCAGGCUGAGGCCGAAGGCGAUGAGGAGCUAGAAGAGGAGGAGAAGGAAGAGAAUGAAGAUAGAAUUAAAGAGAAGAGAAGGCAUUUGGGAGAUACAAAGCACUUUUGUCCAGUGGCUCUCAAAGAAAACUUCAUCCUACAACCAGGCAGCACAGAAGAAGCAGCUAAAUAUCGAGAAAAGAUCUAUUACUUUUCAAGUCCUGAGGCUAAAGAAAAGUUUUUGGAGCAACCUGAGGAGUAUGUGGCUCAUGAUGAACCAUUAAAGGCUCCUCCGUUAAGAAUAUGCCUUCUGGGUCCCCAUGGCUCUGGAAAAACUGUAUGUGGAAGGCAGUUGGCAGAAAAAUUGGGCAUUUUUCACAUCCAGUUUGAAGAAUUCCUUCAAGAAAAAUUAAUGCUUAAAACUGAGAAGAAAGUUGGACCUGAAUUUGAGGACGAUUCUGAGGAUGAACAACUUGCAAAACAGGAACUUGAAGAGCUUGCAAUUCAGGCCAAUGUUACAAUUGAGGAAGAAAAUACAAAGAAGCUGCCUCAGGAAGUACAGCUUACAGAAGAAGAAGAAGCAAUCAGAUUAAAUCUAACAGAAAAUGAGCCAUUGCCUCCCGAAAUCCUAGAAGCAAUUCUCUCUGAGUGGUGGUUUAAGGAACCGAUACGUUCCACAGGUUUUGUAUUAGAUGGUUUCCCGCGAUAUCCUGACGAGGUCCAGUUUCUGGGGGAACUUGGGUUUUUCCCAGAUGCUGCUGUCUUUAUACAAGUUGAUUAUCAAAAUGUUUCUGAUCGCCUCCUUCCUACCCAAAUUGGAAAGUGGAAAGUGAAACAAAAGAAGAAAUUAGAAAGGAAAAAACUCAUCAAAGAAAUGAAGGCAAAAAUCAAGGAUGACCUGAUUUCUAAAAGAAGGGCUGAACUUAUAAUAGAGAGAGAGAAAAAAAGGAAAGGAGGGGAGACUGUUAGGCAAGAUGAAGACAUGAGCGAGGAAGAACCUGAAGAUGAGGAAGAUGAUAUUGACAACAUCCUUUUUGAUGAAUUUCCAAAAGAUGAGGAAGUGAUGAGUGAGGAAGAUGCAGAGCAGGAAAUUGAUGCGCUCGAACGCCUGAGAGGUGAACUGGGAGAAAAAUUUGAAGCAGAUACAAAUAACUUACAAAUAAUACAGGAAGAAUUUGAGAAGUUUUUGAUACCAGUAAUUCUCAUUAAUGGAGCUCGGAAAACCCACAUUGUACAAUACAUAUUGAAUAUGAAACUGAAACCACUGGUGGAGAAUCGUGCAAGCAUUUUCGAGAAAUGUUAUCCAAUAUCAUCCCGCCUUGCCCAGAAAAUGCUCGGCUUUACCUACAAGUAUAUAAGCUCAUUUGGCUACUGGGACCCUGUAAAGCUAAGUGAAGGAGAGACAAUCAAGCCAGUUGAAAAUUCAGAGAAUCUACUUCAUCCUGUAAUCCAUCGUCAGUAUAUUUAUUUUUUAUCUAGUAAGGAAACUAAAGAAAAAUUUAUGAAGAACCCAAUCAAAUAUAUCCGCCAACCCAAACCUAAGCCUACUAUGCCCAUUAGGAUUGCACUUCUGGGGCCUCCAAAAUCUGGGAAAACUACAGUUGCCAAAAAAAUUUCAAGUGACUAUGGCUUAAAGCGUUUGUCAAUAGGAGACGCUCUGCGUUAUGUAUUAAACCACCAACCAGACACAGAGCUGGCACUUAUGCUAAAUUGGCAUCUUCAUAAAGGAAUGACAGUGCCUGAUGAACUGGCCGUUCAAGCCUUAGAAUUAUCUCUGAUGGAAAGUAUAAGUAACACUGCAGGUGUUGUCAUUGAUGGAUACCCUGUAUCUAAAUAUCAAGUGAGUCUUUUGGAAGCCAGGUCAGUCAUCCCCAUGGUCAUCUUUGAGUUGGAUGUGCCUUCCAAAGAGAUUUUCAAAAGAUUGCUCCUGGAAAAAAAAAAGGAACCAAGUUUGCCUUAUCCAUUGCAUAACAGCUCACAGAUUAUAGCUGUCAAGAACUCAAAGUACCGCAAAAAUAUUGAUGAGAUUAGGCAAUAUUAUCAAGAACAACAUCAGAACUGGUAUGUGAUUGAUGGCUUUCACAGCAAAUGGUGGGUAUGGAAUGAAGUCAUUAAGAAGGUUAAAAUGGUGAAUAAACACAUGCAGAUAUACCUGGGAAGAAUAAAAGCAGGAAAAGCUGCCUGCAUUGACAAGUUAUGUAUCUCACCUGAAGAACUGAUUUCUCGCCUGGGCGAAUUUGGACAGUUCUGCCCUGUCAGCCUGGCAGAAUCACAUGAAUUAGUUGAUUGCUCUUUAACUGAUUCCUUGGAAUUUGCAGCAGAGUUCAGAGGGCACUAUUAUAAAAUGAGUUCUCAGGAGAAAUUGAAUAGAUUUUUGGAGAACCCCAAAUUAUACGUGCCUCCAUUAGCACCUCAUCCUCUCCCGUCUGCCGACAUGAUGCCCAAAAGGCUGACACUGUCGGAGCUGAAGAGCCGGUUCCCUAAGUGUGCCGAGCUCCAGGGCUACUGUCCAGUGACCUAUCAGGAUGGCAAACAAAGAUACGAAGCCCUAGUACCUGGUAGCAUUCACUAUGCUUUAGAAUAUCGUGAUCGUAUAUAUAUCUGUGAGAGUAGAGAAAAACUUGAGAAAUUUUUGAGGUCACCACUGAAAUACUGGGAUCAGAAGCUUCCUUACAAACUUCCCCCGUUAAAGGAACCGAUGUAUCUCACUAGUCUGCCUUUGCCUGGAUAUCUGGAACAGGGUAUCGCAACUGCUCUAAUUAAAGCCAUGAAUGCAGCAGGAUGCUUAAAGCCCAAAUUCCCCUUCUUAAGUGUACAGAGAUCUGCGCUACUCUAUAUAGCAUUUCAUCUAAAAGCCUUUAAUCCCAAAGGUUCUGAGUACACAAGAAAAAAAUAUAAGAAGAAGAUGGAGCAGUUUAUGGAGAGAUGUGAACUCAUUCCAUACCUGGGUGCCAAGAUGACCAGAAAAUACAAGGAACCUCAGUUUAGAGCCAUUGACUUCGAUCAUAAAUUACAGACCUUUCUCUCUCUUAGAAAUAUAGACCCAGUCAAUGGAUAGAAUGCUUGGGUAACUGCACCCAGAAUCUUAAGAGUUACCUGAAAGGGAUAAAAAGCAAAUAGAUUGAAAAUCUGGCCCUCCCUGACAUACUUUUCCCUCCUGAGUGAUACAACACGGCUGCCAGACUUCAAAUGAAUUCAGAGCUCUGCCAGCCAGGAAGGAGUGCUCUUCUGCAAGCCUAAGUUUUCAUAUAAUUGUAAUGUUUAUUGCUCUUUGCCUGAACUUUGAGGUUUUAACAAAAGUUAUUCCAUUUAGAAUUCCAUUUAGAAUAUUUAGGUAACUUAUUUUACUUAAUGAAUCUAUUGUUCAUUUUCCUUUUUAAUAUUUUCAGCAGAAAAGUCAGUCUCUGUCAAAUGUAAAGUCAUUUAUGCAGUAAAUGUUAGAAAGCUUCAAGAAACAAAAUUAACAUGGAUAUAAAUAAAAUAGAAAUAUUGGUUACACUUUUAACAUAGGGAGUUGUUGGUAAACUUCAUGAACCUAAAGACACUUUAUCAUUUUCCCAACAAAAUAAAUGGAUUUUGAG